UAAUUUUGGAGCAAUCCAGGAUUGACCUGAAAGUUUCUCAACAUUUUUUUGUUCUCUCAAAAAAAUGUAUCUAGACUAUUCGGUCCAUAAGUUAUUACUCAGUCACAUUUGACCUCUCGCUGCCUCCUAGAUUCGCUGGCCUUUGUACUGUUGCCCCGUGAAAUCCGGAGAGGUUUGUCCUUGUUCUUGCGUGGAUUACAGAGAGGCAGAUGGACAGCGGGUCAUGGCCUGCGCAAAUCCGCCCUCCCCGGUGCCUUUGUCGGGAAUAAGAGUGGAUUUAUCAAAGCACUCCCUUUAUGCCCCUCUCAUUGGGCAUGCACGCUCCCGUCGCACCGAUGACAAAAAUGAAUCAUACAACGAAAUAAAAAUUUUGACAGCACCUCAUGCCACCUAGCUAUUAGCUACUAAUUGGGACAGAUUUCAUAUUUUCAAGUUUAAGUAGGCUAUUACAUUUUCAAAUAUUCUGAAUGUGAAUAAAUAGAUUAAUGUUAAAUUGUAUAACAAAAAAAAAAAAAAAAGAAAAAAGAAAGAAAGAAAAAGAAAACGAGUGAUUUAAUUAUUAUAGACUAAGGUAAGUUCCAUAAGAUCUUAAGCCUCAAGGCACUUACCUGUUGUUGUGACGUCGUAAACGGGGCGGGGCAUGGGCACUAGGAUUUGACUGUAACCUCUCUGUGUUGGCUAUAGAGAUUGCCUGUGAAGCAAAUUCGUGCUUUUUUGGAUUCCUUUCUAAUACUGGUACAUUUGACUGUUUUGUAUAUGCAUCUGAAAUUACACGUUGGACCUAUUUAGAUAUUAUUCGUUCGGACGGGAGUAUCCGGUUGAUUUUACGGGACUAAUGAAUGUGUGUUCAGCAGCCAGUGCACGGACUGUGGGAUUUGAAAGCAAGACUACACGCGCCUCUCCUGCUUUACGUUUCUGAUAGCUAAUGAAUCUUACAUUGGAUUCAACUUCGGAAAAGUUGAACGGUUUCACGGAGGCGAGCGGAAUUUGUUUCUGAAUUCUGCUGGAUAUUGCCGCGGGAUUACCAAGAAAAAAGAAAAAAAAGUAAAAAAAAAAAAAAAAAAAAAAAAAAGAGCAUCGGGGAGGUUUUAUUUUCUGUUCUAUUGCGUACUACAACAAGAAUAUGACGACUUUAAAUUAAUUCACUAAAAUAAAACAUAAUAUUUCAAACAUAUAGUACUCUCCUCCCGCCGUGCGUAGCGACAAUCUACAACGUUUUCAGUAUAAUGACCUGAGCUGAGACUGGAGAUUGAGGAAUAUCUCCGACCUUAUAGAAGAGCGGUGCGGAUUGUCAGAACAUGAAGUCAGUUGCAAGUCUGUUUGUUUUAAGUGUGUUGCUGUGUUCAACGACCGUGUCCUGGAGCGCGACUAUCCACAACCAUGGAGUGGGCAUAUAUAAGCUGGAUUCCUGUGAAUUUGGAGGUAUAUACAACUUCAGCACCUUCCUGUUGGAUCGUGCAUCUGGAAUGCUCUACCUUGGUGCGCGGGAUGCAGUCAUCGCCGUGGAUACUGCAAACCUGUCAAAGAGGAAGACAAUUGAGUGGAGUGUUCCAGAAGAGAAGAGGAAAUCUUGUGUUGCUAAGGGAAAAACAGAGGACGAUUGCAAGAACUAUGUCCGUCUGCUAGAGUUUUUAGGAGAUGGACGCAUAUAUGCCUGUGGGACGUUUGCCUUCGACCCCCAGUGUGCCUUUAUCGUAAGUAACAUCUCUUCAUUCUAUCUGGAGAAGCAUGAGGAUGGUAGUGUGAAGAUGGAGACUGGGAAGGGGAAAUGCCCCUUUGAGCCCAGCCAGCAUUACACUGCAGUCAUGGCAGGAGGGAUCCUUUACACAGCCGCCACUAGUAACUUCCUUGGCACAAUGUACGACAUUUCCAGGGCAACGGGCAUUGAGCAGGAACGCAUCCGGACUGAGCAAUCUAUCAACUGGCUUAGUGAUCCAGAGUUUGUGAGCUCUGCCUUCAUUCAAGUGAAUGAGGAGAACAACUCUGCCGGAGAGGAUGACAAAAUUUACUUCUUCUUCACUGAGGUGGCCAAAGAAUAUGACCUCUACACCAAGGUCAAAGUGCCCAGAGUAGCUAGAGUCUGCAAGUCUGAUGUCGGUGGUAUGAAGACUCUGCAGAGGCGGUGGACUACGUUUUUGAAGGCCCAGUUGGUGUGUGAAGAUCGAGCAAGUGGACAGAGAUUUAAUGUACUCACUGAUGUCUUCACUGUACAGCACCAGCCUGGAAAUCCCAGCAGCACUCACUUCUACGGCAUAUUUACCUCACAAUGGGAACGGGAAGAGCUGUCUGCAGUGUGUGUGUACAGUCUGGAGGAGAUAACUAAAGUGAUGAAUGGACCCUUUAAAGAGCUAAAGAAGAGCUGUGAGAACUGGAUAAACCCAGAGCCCAUUCCUACACCACGACCAGGACAAUGUUUGAACAAUGCUCUAAAGGAGCAGGGCUUUGAGUCCUCCCUGAAGCUGCCUGAUAAAGUACUGACAUUCAUGCGCGAUCACCCGCUCAUGGAGAACAGUGUGGUGGCAGCACCCCUGAUGAUCAGAAACGGCAUCACAUACACUAAACUUGCUGUUACCUUAACAACUGCCUCCAAUGGCCCCAAACAUCAAAUGGCCACUGUUUUACAUCUUGGAACAGAUCGUGGACAGCUACACAAAGUUGUUGUGGUUGGUCCGAAUGCAACUCUUAUUGAAGAAGUCCCUCUGUUUUCUGCACAGGAGCCCGUGAAUAACAUAUUGCUAUACAAGGAUGAGGCUCUGGUUGGUUCUCCUCUCUCUCUUGUGAAGUUACCCAUAGUUGGUUGUUCCCUGUUCACUACCUGUGAGGUGUGUGCACGUGCCCAUGGACUCGGCUGUGUAUGGAGACAUAAAGAGGGAGCUUGUGCUAUGGCAAAGCCUGGGGAAAUGGUGGAGCCAGAGGAUUUGGUCAGCCAAUGCAACAAAGAAGGUCUUUGCUCCCCACCUGUAAUUGAAAUGCGUGUUGAAUAUGGCCUACGUGUUCUGCUUUCUUGCGUGCAAGUUUCUCCCCGCCCCUGCCGCUGGGAUCAUCCUUCACAAAGUCACACCCGCCGCCACAACUAUGACCUGGAGGUGGAGGUCAAACCGGAGAGCCUGGGCACCUACAUUUGCUUGUGUGAUGAGGUGGGGCGAGAUCAGCCACCCUGUCGCAGAGCAGAGUACCAGCUCACCCUUGACAACCCCAGCAUAGGGGGGAACGUGGCCAUUGCAGGCGGCCGUCACUUCCUGGCCUCGCACAUUUUUUUAUUCCUCUUAGGUUUUAUUAUGGGUGUCAUAGUCUUAUUUGUGGUCUACAAACGCCAAGGUUGCCUAAGGGGAGGCGGACACUCAUCGUCCACAUUGGAGAAGGGGCGGGACUUGCUUCCUUCCACAGACACACCCCAGUCUCCAAGCAGUGCUAGUCUGUUUUCAGAGGCUGUUCCGUUAACAGAGAAAAGGAACGGAACGGUAAAUGGACACGGUGGACACAACAGCAGGCAUAUUUACACCAACUCAAGUGGACUGAAGCUGCAGGAGUCAGCUGUUAAUUUGGCAGAGGAGCUGGAUGGUAGAGAAAGGGUGGUGCCAAAUGGAGAGGAGGAGGGGCUUGGGGAGGUGCUGAGUGAGAUGGAGGAGGAGUUUCAUAAGCUGCCUUGUCUAAGAGGUGCACCGCUGGCAAAAUGCGAGGAAAGCUCUAUCUGAAGGCAGGUGCGCACAUCAUUUUUUUAAACAGAACUCUGCGAAAGGCAGAGUGCAUAGGCUCACAAACACAGGAAACACAACCAUUUGGUGUGUUUUUCAAAGUAUGGAGGGCUGGAGAAGAAGAGGAGAGCAGACAAUCAAAGAAGCUGAAACAUACAUUCCAAAUAUAGAAGAAAACCUUAGGCAGUCGCACAAAGAAGCACCCACACAAUCAUAUGUGCAUACACAAACUAUGUUACCUGGAAGCUCAUCUACUACUCAGUUACAUUCUCAUCCAGUUCAUUCAUUCCUGUGUACAUAAAGUGGUGUGUAAUUCCAUGUUUAUCCUGCUGUUUCUGCAUGUUUUUGAUCAGACCAUUGUUCAGAAUUAUGAGCAGGCAGGGUUUAUAGUCAGUGCUCAGCACUUUCACGCACCUUUUUCAAAGCCAUGCACACGGAAAAACACAGUUCUGUAUGCUUGGUCUGGUCAAAGUCCAAAAAGGUCUUUCGAAGUGAAAUGACCUGUCCAUAGACCAGAACAACAUAGAACCAGAGAAGUCCGCUCAUCCUGGACAGAUUACUGAAAAUAAGCAGAUUUUAUCUGAAUCACCAAAAAGGGCUUGAAACCACUCUGUACUUGAUGGUUCACAGGAGCAAAUAUGAAGGAAUGACAAGAGACACUGGAAAUCAUAAUUACAUUAUUUUUGCCUUACAGAUAAAGUGGUAGUCUGAGUACUGCUAACAGCUGUACUGUGGCCUAUGGCGGGGCUGGAGUGGGGGGAGGGGGGGGUGAUUGUGCGGCCCAAGACUGUAUCUUAAAAAGAAAACAAAAUAGGCUUCCAAAGAGGUGUGCCCAAGGACCUGUGAAUGGAGUGAGAACAUAAAGAGAAAGACAAAUGAAACUCUUUAGCAAUCGUCUCCCUCUAUAGAGUAUGUCAAACCUGUGAACUGAUGGUAGAUUGUAUACUUGCAACUGCCAAAUGAUUUACCUUUCCAGAGCAAGUUAAGAAAUGCAAUCAAGUCAAGAGCUAUAAGUAAUGUUAUACUUCUCUGGAAUGGGGUUGGCAAUAUUUUGUGGUGUCAGAUCACAUCACUGUCAUCUGUAUAGGGACCAGAUGUAGCAUGUUCUAUUCAUAAUAGUCUGCACACUUAAAUGAAGAUGAGGACCAUGUAAUGAUGGAUGUCUCUCUUUUUAGCUUGAAAGCUUAUUGAAAUUAGAUGGAAAUGUUCAGGAUCAAAGCAAAUAGUGAAGGAAAUUGUUGAUUGUUUUAAGUUUCUCUAUAAAGGAGUAGUUCACCCAAAAAUGAAAAAUCUCUCGCAUGGUAUGGACCUACAGGGCUGAGAUAUUCUUCAAAAAAUCUUUGUUUGCGUUAAGCAGUAGAACGUCAUACACAUCUUGGAUGGCAUGAGGGUGAGUAAAUGAUAAAAUAAUUUUCAUUUUUGGGUUAACUGUCCCUUUAAGGACAGAGAAUGUGCCUCCUUUGAAGGUAUAUUUAUCCCCACUGAAGUGCAUGAGACAAAGUAGUUUGAAGGACAGAACUACAAAUCUAUAAUACCAUGAAUCAGGGGCUACGGCACUCCUGUUUAUGUAGCCAUAAUGAAGUAUGUAUCAGGAGUAUGUAUGUAAAUAUCUGUGAAUAUAAAAGAAAAUGCGGGAAAGAUCUUUUAAAAUGCCUGCUUUUUAUUCUCUCUUUGUGAUUGAGAGUGGCAAAGCAUUUAACUCUUUUCACCACUAGUGGCAUUCUUCCUAACUGUAUCAAACUGUCACUCUCCCAUCUUCAAUGUUUGACCACUUUGAAAUGCUAUUUCCAGCCAUUUUCUUAGAAACACUUGGAUUUACGUUACUUUCGCCAUUGAAUUAUUUUAUAAUUCUUAAACACACACACACACACACACACACACAGAUCAGCCACAACAUUAAAGCCACCUGCCUAAUAUUG